UCGCACGGGUCCCAACCGUCGCAUUGGUCGCACUGGUCGCACGUCGCCGAGCGGCGUCGCCACGGCACUCGUUCCCAACAUCAUCGCACGAGCCUACUCGAGAUUUCUACCGCGGCACCGACCCCGCGCCCUCCCGCCGCCGGGCCCCUACUCGAGGACACACAGCUGCGUGCGCUGGAGGCGCUGAACGCGGCGUGGCAGCUGUGGCCGUCCAACUCCAACCGCUCACGGCGCUGCGACCAGUGGGAGUACAUCCAGUGCAACCAGCAGGGCUUCAUCGUUUCAGUGAACAUGUCUGGUGCUGGAGAACUUAUCAAGGGGUGGACGCCUGGUAGUGUCUUCUCUCUCUUCUCUCGCAUGCCCUACCUCCGCUACCUUGUGUUUGCCAACAACUACUACCUCCAAGGCUCCAUCACUAACCUCUCCCUGCCCCCCUCCCUGCGCAUGCUGGACAUGGCUUAUGCGCCGCUCUCUGGCUCUCUACCAUCCUCCAUCUUCUCGCUCUCAGGUCUCGCACACCUGAAUAUACAUCUGACUUCACUUUCUGGCGACCUACCAUCUGCUUUCACCUGCCUCUCUCACCUCACGUACCUCAACAUCGGUGCAAUAAACAUCACUGGGCGUUUGGAGGACCUCUCGUGGCUAUCAAGCCUCACUAACCUGCGAUACCUUGGGAUGUCGGACAUGGAGAAUGUGGUUGGGGAUCUGUCUGCCCUCACCUUCCUCACCGCCCUCAAAGCCAUUCAAAGCCUCACCAUCUCAAGGGUACCCUGGACGGGAGAGCUGCCAGUGUUGCUUGGCACCCUCACCUCCCUCACUUAUUUGGACUUGAGUUUGCUGCAUACUUCCCAAUUCCCUCGAUGGGCCAUGGACUUGACUGCUCUGCAGUACCUAGAUGUUGCUCACUUGGACGGUCUCCGCACAGGAGUGGUGCCGCAAGACCUCUCCCGCCUCAGGCAGCUAAGACACUUUGAUGCUUUUGGCAACGGACUGGCCGGGAAUCUCCCAGAGUACUGGGCUUCAUUAGAUCACCUCACUUAUUUAUCCUUUCAGAUCAAUAGGAUCGAGGGCUCCAUUCCAUCAACAUUCGCUGCUCUCACAGCGCUGAGCACACUGGUGCUGAGAAACAACACCAUGGACGGUUCCAUCCCACCUGUCCUCUCCACUACCCUGAAGGAACUGGACCUUUCCAUGAAUCAAUUCUCUGGCAGCAUUCCCCCCUUCCUUGACACUUUGUCCGACCUCACACGCUUGGACCUCUCUAUGAACAACUUCUCAGGGGCUGUGCCAACCUCGCUCACGAGCCUUGUGAAUCUGAUUCUCUUACUUAUCCAAUCCAACCAGUUAAGCUCAGGGCUUGAGGUCCUUGGCAAGAUGACAUGGUUGAUUUCAUUGGAUGUAUCGUUCAACAACUUCACACAUGGCUAUUCAAGCCUUUCCUCCCUUUCACAGCUCAAUCUUUUGACUUUGCAAGGCAACAAUCUCCAAGGACCAUUCCCCACAGUCCUGUUGAAGCUCACCAACCUUUUUUCUCUAGACAUCAGCCAGAAUUCAUUUCAUGGGACCAUUCCCAGUGACAUCUCUACAAUGAUAAACCUGCAAACUUUAAAUCUUGGCCGAAACAACUUCCACGGGGGGAUUCCACCAGCGUUGUUGUCACUUCCAUUAAUGGAUAUAAGCUUGGAACACAACCAUCUGAGCGGAAGCUUGCCAGCCUUCUCACAUAGUUCCCUCAUCUUGCUGAACAUUCAAGGGAAUCAGCUUUCAGGCCCUCUUCCUGAUUUUUCCCUCUGGAAGGCGCCAAUUGCCAUGAUAAUGCUAGGAGAUAACAAAUUCACAGGGUCUGUUCCAGAUUCGAUCAGCUCUCUCACCUCCUUGACUGCCCUUUCACUGCGCAACAAUCAGCUCACCGGAAGCUUUCCUACAUCGCUGCUAACCUUGACCAACUUUCGCUCCAUAGACCUUGCUUCAAACAGCAUCUCAGGGUCGUUACCCUCUGCCCUUGGCGCCCUUUCUAACCUCCAUACUCUGUCUGUUUUUGAAAACCAGCUUACUGGAAAGCUUCCUUUGUCCAUAUGCAACCUCACUAACUUGCAGACCAUGUUUCUCCACAACAACUACUUUUACGGAAAGUUUCCGUCCUGCCUCUUUGAACAUUGUCUGCACCGAAUUGACAUCAGCAACAACAGCUUCUACGGCCCCAUCAACAGCAACUUCCGCAGCAUGAUUCCUGACAACGGCGCUCUGCUCAACAUCGCAGGCAACUUCUUCUAUGGCGACCCCAUGCUCUACGCCGAUGGCUGCCAGUUCUGCCCCUCCCAUAUCACCCAGUCUCAUCUCUUGGACAUACGUGAAUUACAUUUUCCAGGGGAAAGUCGCUGUGCAUUUCAUGACAUGCAAAGUUUGAUCACCCAGAAAAAUCAAGGAGCAGACAAGCGGGGCGAGGCAAGUUUUCGGCGGAACUGUUUCACCCUGAACCAGGAUAUGGAGUGCACGGCGAACGAGACGCAGCGCAGCAGCGACGAGUGCCUGGCAUUCUGCAGCAUGUCGCGGGAGCUGGGGCCGUGCGACGGGCACGGCGCGUGUGUGCCGCUGCAGGCGGGAGCAGCAGAGGCGCGCUUCACGUGUGAGUGCGACGACGGCUUCGUCCCCACCAACGGCACCCUCGGCUCCACCUGCGCCCGCCCUGCUCCGCCCCCUGCUGCUGGUAUGCCCUGCUCCGCCCCCUGCUGCUGGUAUGCACUGCUCCGCCCCCUGCUGCUGGUAUGCCCUGCUCCGCCCCCUGCUGCAGCGCUCUCCACGGGUGCAGUGGUGGGCAUCGCUGUGCGGGCAAUGGCGUCGCUGAGGCAUGAGAAUGUUCCAUUAGCCUCCUUUUCUUCCCCUUUAACCCCCCACCUCCUCUGGCAGGUGCGGGCGAUGGCGUCGCUGCGGCAUGAGCACGUGGUGCGCCUGUUGGGCUUCUGCCUGCAUCAGAACGUGGAGAGCGGCCAGCAGGAGCAGAUCCUCGUCUACGAGUUCGUGCCCAACGGGGACCUCAAGUACCACAUCCAUGACUGCAAGAGUCAAAUCCUCCUCCCUCGCCUUGUUCCCUCUCCCCGGUCUGUUAUGCAGUCCGCCUUUUCUUAUUCUGCAAUCUCCCUCAGAAUUCCAGUGGACGUUUUACAGUCAGCAAAGCUCUGCUCUGCAAAACCAAUCCCCUGGAGCUUCCCUGCGUUUUUGUUUUCCUCAUUCUUUAUUUCCUCAUCUGUUCUCAUCCCUGUUCUCGACCCCGACUACAACCGCACGCAAGUCGUUUCUGAAAAGAGCAACGUCUACAGCUUUGGCGUGGUGCUGCUGGAGCUGCUAACAAGGCAGAAGGCAGCGGUAGAGGGCACAGACAGCCACAUCAGUGACUGGGCGGCGCGCAAGGUGCAGGUGUACUCAUUGGGGGAGCUGAAGGACGCGGGGCUGGAGGCGCCGGACGAGGCGGUGGUGGAGCUGGCAGACAUCGCACUGGACUGCCUCAAGAUGCCCGCCUCGCGCCGCCCCCCCAUGAAGGACGUCGCCCGCCGCCUCCAGAACAUGCUCUCGCUCUACUGCAGCGAUGGCGACCACUCUGCCGUUGUAGAGCCCAGCCUGAGAAUGGAAGGAGAGGAUGUGAGGGGCGACGGUGGCAGCACGGACACGUUCGGGAGGAGCGAGUUGUCGGAGGGGACGAAUAAAGCGUCUGCGUCCAAGAGUCUCAUCCAUUCGCUGUCGGAGAAGUGGCGGAUGAUUGAGUAG